AUGGCCAACCUCAGCACAAUGAAGAGCCGCCUCAGAAACGGCAAGAUUCGAGGCGGAACGCGAAUCUGCCAUCUCCUCCUCCUCCCCAUCGAACUACGACUCGAGAUCUACGAAGAAUUACUCCAACACAACGGCGUCACUCGUAAGACCCUUUCACCCCAGAUCCUCGUCACAUGCAAGCAGAUCUACUCCGAAGCCAGCAAGAUCCUCCCCGCCAACACGAAGAAGAUGGCCCUCGUCAGGAUCAAGACCGGCAGGAUAAGGUGCGACAUUCGCUUCGAUAGCAGUCCGGCGGUGGUUAUCCCGAUGUACGAAGAACGCAAAGGGCUUUGCCUCGAUGCCGCGCUCGAGGCGAUGUUGCCGAUCUUCGACGGCAAGACUUACAUUAUGGUCUACAUCAACAUGACGAGCUCUGCAGACAAGACCUGGCAGCAAGUCAACCAGAUGCUGUACCUUCUAGUGAGUGCAGCUACACUCUCACCCACAGUCCGCGCCCUCGAAGUCCGCCUCAAAAGCCCCACCGCCACCACAACUCCCCUCGACAACUAUGCUAUGCUCUCAUCCACAACCCGCACCCUCGAAGUCCGCCUCAAAAGCCCCACCGCCACUACCACACCUCCCCUCGAAUACUACGCUAUGCUCUGGCCCCUAACACGCUCCCUCGGUCCCGGGACCGACUUAUACAUUCAAGGCUGCCCAGACGACACAGUCCUCGAAGCAAUCAAAAACGCUACACAGCCUCAAAACCAAGUCCCCACGGCAGCGCUCGCACGCUGGAUCUCCCUGAAGCGCGAAGUCGAUGACCUCGUCAAGAUGGUAGAGGAGGCAGGGAUCACGGGCGCUGGUGUUCGAUUCCUUCCUCGCGCGAUGGCUCGGAUGCGGCCUAUUGCCGGUGUAGUGCAGAAGGGGGCGGAUGAGGUUAUUGGGGGGGGGGGGGUAAUGUGGCUCAGGCGUUGUCUGUGCUGGGCCAGCCGAGGUGGCAGGGGUUGA